GGUGUGGGGUUGUUUUUCAGGAGUUGGGCUCGGCCCCUUAGUUCCAUUGAAAGGAACUCUUAAUGCUUCAGCAGACCAAAAUAUUUUUGACAAUUUCAUGCUCCCAACUUUGUGGGAAAAGUUUGGGGAUGGCCUUUUCCUCUUCCAACAUGACUGCGCACAAGUGCACAAAGCAAGGUCCAUAAAGACAUGGAUGAGUGAGUUUGGUGUGGAAGAAUUUGACUGGCCUGCACAGAGUCCUGACCUCAACCUGACAGAACACCUUUGGGAUGAAUUAGAGCGGAGAUUGUGAGCCAGGCCUUCUCGUCCAACAUCAGUGUCUGACCUCACAAAUGCACUUCUGGAAGAAAGGUCAAAAAUUCCCAUAAACACACUCCUUAACUUUGUGGAAAGCCUUCCCAGAAGAGUUUAAGCUGUUAUAGCUGCAAAGGGUGGGCCGACAUCAUAUUAAACCCUAUGGAUUUAGAAUGUGAUGUCACUCAAGUUCAUAUGCAUGUGAAGGCAGAUGAGCGAAUACUUUUGGAAAUAUAGUGUAUGUAAUAAGGAGAGAAAAAAACGUCAAAAUCUGGAGAAAAAGCUUUUUAUGUUGACUACAUUUUAUCAGUAGUUUCAUCAAUCAUAUAAAAACAUUCCUGAAUCCUGCCAAAAUAAUAAAAUCAACCUAAUUGGGUAAACUUAUGCCUAAUUAAGCCCUUGAUUUAAUUAACAACACUUUUAAAAAACUACUUGUCUUAUUUUCUUUACAGGUGAGCCAAGCCAGUUGUUGCCCAGCAGUGAGGACAGAUGUAUAAGUGGAGAACUGAUUCAAAAGAAAGAGAUGAGCCGAAGAGGAAGGCCUAAGAAAUCUUCCUCAUCUUCACAACACUUAAACAAACAUGGUGAACACAACAGACGGAGGGCAGACCUUAAAGCCCAUCAAGUGACGCAUAUUAAAGAAAAGGCUCACAAGUGCUCUCAGUGUACUAAGUCCUUCGGGAUUGCAACAAGACUUAGAAAGCAUCAGAGAAUUCACAUGAGAAAAAAUCCUCACCAGUGCACCACUUGUGGGGAGAAGUUUUUACAUGCUUCAGUGCAUAGGAACCAUCAAAGCGUCCAUACGAAAGAAAAGCCUUACCACUGCUCCCAGUGUGAUAAGACCUUUGCUUGGUCAAAAGGUCUCAGAGCCCAUCAGACAAUACACACAGGAGUAAAGCCUUACCACUGUUCUCAGUGUGGGAAAGCCUUCUCUUACUUUUCUAGCCUAAAACAGCAUCAGCGAACACAUACAGGAGUAAAGCCUUACAGGUGUUCUCAGUGUGGGAAAACCUUCUCUCAGUCUUGUAACCUUAAAAUGCAUCAGCGAGUACAUACUGGAGAAAAGCCUUACUCGUGUUUUCAGUGUGGGAAAACCUUCUCUCAGUUGUCCCACCUUAAAAGGCAUCAGCGAACACAUACAGGAGUAAAGCCUUACUCGUGUCCUCAGUGUGGGAAAACCUUCUCUCAGUUGUUUAGCCUUAAAAGGCAUCAGCAAACACAUGCAGGAGUAAAGCCUUACUGGUGUUCUCAAUGUGGGAAAACCUUCUCUCAGUUGUUUAGCCUUAAAAGGCAUCAGCGAACACAUACAUGA